UCAAAGGUCACUCACUGCUGCAGGCUGCAAGAGAAUCAGAUGUGGCUCGUAUAAAGAAACAUCUUUCUUUGGAGACAGUGAACUUCAAGCAUCCUCAAACACAUGAGACAGCAUUGCACUGUGCUGCUGCCUCUCCCUAUCCUAAGAGAAAACAAGUGUGUGAAUUGCUGCUGAGGAAAGGAGCCAACAUCAAUGAAAAAACAAAAGACUUCUUGACUCCUCUGCAUGUGGCAUCAGAAAAGGCUCAUAAUGAUGUUGUAGAAGUGGUUGUGAAACACGAAGCUAAGGUUAAUGCUUUAGACAAUCUGGGCCAGACCUCUCUGCACAGAGCAGCACACUGCGGGCACCUCCAGACCUGCAGGCUGCUCUUGAGUUCUGGCUGCGAUCCCUCCAUCGUGUCUCUGCAGGGCUUUACAGCCCUACAGAUGGGGACGGAGAGUGUGCAACAGCUGCUGCAAGAAGGGAUCCCAGUGGGUAAUUCUGAUGCAGAUCGACAGUUGCUGGAGGCUGCAAAGGCUGGAGAUGUGGAUACUGUAAAAAAACUGUGUACAGUUCAAAGUGUGAACUGCAGAGAUAUUGAAGGACGCCAGUCGACACCCCUUCAUUUUGCAGCGGGGUACAACAGGGUGUCUGUUGUCGAGUAUCUCCUUCAGCACGGCGCUGAUGUGCAUGCAAAAGACAAGGGAGGACUGGUCCCUUUACACAACGCCUGCUCGUACGGUCACUACGAAGUCGCGGAGCUGCUGGUUAAACACGGGGCGGUUGUCAACGUAGCUGAUCUGUGGAAAUUCACUCCCCUGCACGAAGCUGCAGCAAAAGGAAAAUAUGAGAUUUGCAAACUGCUGUUGCAGCAUGGAGCUGACCCCACGAAGAAAAACCGGGAUGGAAAUACUCCUCUGGACCUGGUUAAAGAUGGUGAUACUGAUAUUCAGGACUUACUUAGAGGAGAUGCAGCUCUUCUGGAUGCUGCCAGGAGCGGAAAUGAAGAAAAGAUGAUGUCUCUUCUUACACCAUUGAACGUUAACUGUCAUGCAAGUGAUGGCAGAAAGUCGACUCCUUUGCAUUUAGCAGCUGGGUAUAACCGUGUCAAAAUAGUGCAGCUCUUACUGCAGCACGGGGCUGACGUACACGCCAAGGAUAAAGGAGACUUGGUGCCACUUCACAACGCCUGUUCCUAUGGUCACUAUGAAGUAACAGAGCUUCUAGUAAAGCACGGCGCGUGUGUGAACGCGAUGGAUCUGUGGCAGUUCACCCCUCUGCACGAAGCAGCCUCUAAGAACAGGGUGGAAGUGUGUUCUCUUCUGUUAAGUUACGGUGCUGACCCUACACUCUUGAACUGUCACAACAAAAGCACCAUCGAUUUGGCUCCAACACCCCAAUUAAAAGAGCGAUUAGCAUAUGAAUUCAAAGGUCACUCACUGCUGCAGGCUGCAAGAGAAUCAGAUGUGGCUCGUAUAAAGAAACAUCUUUCUUUGGAGACAGUGAACUUCAAGCAUCCUCAAACACAUGAGACAGCAUUGCACUGUGCUGCUGCCUCUCCCUAUCCUAAGAGAAAACAAGUGUGUGAAUUGCUGCUGAGGAAAGGAGCCAACAUCAAUGAAAAAACAAAAGACUUCUUGACUCCUCUGCAUGUGGCAUCAGAAAAGGCUCAUAAUGAUGUUGUAGAAGUGGUUGUGAAACACGAAGCUAAGGUUAAUGCUUUAGACAAUCUGGGCCAGACCUCUCUGCACAGAGCAGCACACUGCGGGCACCUCCAGACCUGCAGGCUGCUCUUGAGUUCUGGCUGCGAUCCCUCCAUCGUGUCUCUGCAGGGCUUUACAGCCCUACAGAUGGGGACGGAGAGUGUGCAACAGCUGCUGCAAGAAGGGAUCCCAGUGGGUAAUUCUGAUGCAGAUCGACAGUUGCUGGAGGCUGCAAAGGCUGGAGAUGUGGAUACUGUAAAAAAACUGUGUACAGUUCAAAGUGUGAACUGCAGAGAUAUUGAAGGACGCCAGUCGACACCCCUUCAUUUUGCAGCGGGGUACAACAGGGUGUCUGUUGUCGAGUAUCUCCUUCAGCACGGCGCUGAUGUGCAUGCAAAAGACAAGGGAGGACUGGUCCCUUUACACAACGCCUGCUCGUACGGUCACUACGAAGUCGCGGAGCUGCUGGUUAAACACGGGGCGGUUGUCAACGUAGCUGAUCUGUGGAAAUUCACUCCCCUGCACGAAGCUGCAGCAAAAGGAAAAUAUGAGAUUUGCAAACUGCUGUUGCAGCAUGGAGCUGACCCCACGAAGAAAAACCGGGAUGGAAAUACUCCUCUGGACCUGGUUAAAGAUGGAGAUACUGAUAUUCAGGACUUACUUAGAGGAGAUGCAGCUCUUCUGGAUGCUGCGAAAAAGGGCUGUUUGGCCCGAGUGAAAAAGCUGUGUUCACCUGACAACGUCAACUGCCGGGACACGCAGGGACGGCACUCAACACCGCUGCAUUUAGCAGCCGGCUACAACAAUCUGGAGGUGGCAGAAUACCUGUUACAGCACGGAGCAGAUGUGAAUGCCCAGGAUAAAGGAGGUUUGAUUCCGUUGCAUAAUGCAGCAUCCUAUGGGCACGUGGAUGUAGCAGCUUUACUGAUCAAGUACAACGCCUGUGUGAACGCCACGGACAAAUGGGCUUUCACCCCCCUGCACGAGGCAGCCCAGAAGGGACGGACACAGCUCUGUGCCUUGUUACUGGCACAUGGGGCUGAUCCCACCCUGAAGAACCAGGAAGGACAGACACCACUGGACCUGGUCACUGCAGAUGAUGUCAGCGCGUUACUGACAGCGGCGAUGCCUCCCUCCGCCUUGCCCACUUGCUACAAGCCUCAGGUUAUCAGCGUGUCUCAGAGCACAGGUUCUGCCAGUGACUCCCUGGCUUCUGUUCCCCCCAGCCCCUCCAGUCUCUCUGCAGCCAGCAGCCUCGACAACUUGUCCGGGAGUUUUUCUGAACUUCCUUCUGUGGUUGGUCCCAACAGCGCGGAGGGAGCUGCUGUUCUGGAGAAAAAAGAAGUUUCAGGUGUAGAUUUUAGCAUAAAUCAGUUUGUGCGGAACCUCGGCCUUGAACAUCUCAUUGACAUAUUUGAGAGGGAACAGAUAACACUGGAUGUACUGGUUGAAAUGGGACACAAAGAAUUGAAGGAAAUUGGAAUUAAUGCUUACGGCCAUAGGCAUAAAAUCAUUAAAGGAGUUGAAAGACUCAUUUCUGGACAGCAAGGACUCAACCCAUACCUGACCCUAAACACUGCUGGCAGUGGAACUAUUCUCAUAGACCUUUCCACGGAAGAUAAGGAAUUUCAAUCAGUGGAAGAGGAGAUGCAGAGUACUGUCCGAGAGCACAGAGAUGGAGGACAUGCUGGUGGAGUCUUCAAUAGAUACAACAUCUUAAAGAUUCAGAAAGUGUGCAACAAAAAACUGUGGGAAAGAUACACUCACAGGAGGAAAGAGGUCUCUGAAGAGAAUCAUAACCACGCCAACGAAAGAAUGCUGUUUCAUGGCUCCCCAUUCGUGAAUGCCAUCAUCCACAAGGGCUUUGAUGAGAGACAUGCCUACAUAGGUGGCAUGUUUGGAGCUGGCAUUUAUUUUGCUGAAAAUUCUUCCAAAAGCAAUCAGUACGUGUAUGGAAUUGGAGGUGGCACUGGCUGUCCAAUUCACAAAGAUAGAUCUUGUUAUGUUUGCCACAGGCAGUUGCUGUUCUGCCGCGUGACCCUGGGCAAGUCCUUCCUGCAGUUCAGUGCCAUGAAAAUGGCUCAUUCCCCCCCAGGACAUCACUCCGUCACCGGGCGCCCCAGUGUAAAUGGACUGGCACUGGCAGAAUAUGUCAUUUACAGAGGGGAGCAGGCUUAUCCAGAAUACUUGAUCACGUACCAGAUCAUGAAACCUGAAGCCACCACUGAAGCUUAAGGCAAACGCCGUGUGGGGAAUCGUCAGACGUGGGAUGUGACAAUGCCGAUGGCUCCCGUCCUGUUAAUUACAGCAAGGUGUUGCAAAACUCUCAUCCACAGGUGGUGUGGUAGCAAAUGUGAACAAAAUAUACCAUUUUUGACUUGAUAAAGCUUUAAUAAUGUACAGUAUGUUUUUUCUAAAAUUUCAGAAAUGUCCUCUUUUUCAGCACUUUAACAGAUACCAUUCCAGGCGUAAACUGGGGUUUGGCUGUACUAAAUUAUAAACAAAAAUUAACUUGAAACAAUGGUUUUAUACAAUACUGCAUUGAAAUUUAGCAGAAAUUGUAACGCUCUAUACAGGAACUCAUUUUACUAAUAUCGUGUUCUUUAAAACACUGCAUUUACACUGAAAACGUUUUCAUUUGUAAAACUGUAAAUAAGAGCUUUUGUACUAGCCUGGUAUUUAUUUACAUUGCUUUGUAAUAUAAGUGUUUUAGAACUGCAACCUUGUACAAAAUGGGUUUUCCCAGAUGUCGGUUUGUUCAUCUGUGUUUUCUCAUGCACGAUAGAUUUGAAAAGCCAAUUUUUUUUCAGGGUUUAUCGCUUAUUUGUGAGGGAGACAGCAAAUUUUAUCUGAAGAAAUUUAGAAAUAUCCAGUUUUAGGUUGAAUACACAGGGGUUUUUUUUCUGUAUCUUUAUUUAUGAAAUAUACAUUCCUGAGAAUGAUGGGAUAUGGAAAUAGAGUGUUCCAGCUGAAUACUAAAGUGUGUUCCCACCUACUUCCUAGAGUUGCAUUUUAUUUCUGUAAAAUGUCUUCUGGAGUUUUUUAUUUAACUGUAGGUAUAGUUAACCUGUAGCCUCACUUCAAGGCUAGUAGACCUUGCAAGUUACAGUUUUAGUAAAUUAUUUUCUUCGAAUGUAGUUGGAAAAUUAACCUCAAGGAGGUCUUUCUUGAGUUCCUCUUGCUUACAUUUAAGCCAGGAAAUUAAAUAGUUUAUUCCUAAUAUGAGGGCAAGCAGCUUGGCCUUUUUUGUAUGCUUAUUUUGGUAAAUUAAUCUACCUGUCGGUGCCCUCAAAAAAAAAAAACAAACCUAUAUGUAAAUACAGAUUAUAGUUCACUUUGGGGUUAAGGUGGUUAGGAGUAUAUUUUAGUUGUUUUAUAUCUCCACGUGCAGGCCGCUGUCCCGGUUUGUUUGCAGGGCAUGUUGUCAUCCCAGGGGUUAGAUGUCGUGACUGGUCGGGGUGAUGGAAGCGUCUUGCUGGUGUGUGGUUCUGUGCUCGGUGUGAAACGUGUUGACCCCUUCCCCGUGGCGUGGGGAACCCGAGUAAUGAGGCUGCGUACCUCGUGCGGGCAGUGAUACUGGCAAUGAAUAGAAAAGGCUUUGAUUUGUAGCUCCUCUCUCCCAGCAUGUUGCCUGUUCCUUCCGUAGAGUGGUGCUGGAAUCGGUGUUCAUGCCAAACCUGCUAAGUAUGUUUAAAACCUUUUUGUUAUUGCUGAAAUGCUUCAUUCUCUAUGAAUGGUCACUUGAUGUCUUGUAAAAUAUUGUGGUAUGAUAGCAUUUUAAGUGGUACCACAACGUUGGUUUUGUCUGUUUGGGGAUUUUUUGAGCUCUUUUUUUUUUUUGCAUGACAGACCUUGCACUCUGAAGAUGGAAGCUGUAAUGAUUCAAUAAUACUGACUAUUGAGGUGAACCUUUAAUCUCUUGUGCAAUUAGUUCUGCUUUACUCAUCUUGAAGCGUCUUUUCAUGUACUGUACGACAUUCCAUAUCCAUUUAACACUAAAUAAAUUUAAUUCACUGGUUUUUUGGUAGCAUGGGAGUAAUUACAGACGUAGUAUGUCAGCCCAUUGUUCUAAAUGUGAGCAUGCGCAAUACUGGAACAAACUACAUCGUUAGAGGGGAAAUUAAUCACAUUAAAUAGAAGAGCUUUUCAUGUGGAUGAAAGACAGUAAUUUCUGUGGAAACCUGUAGUUUGGUACACACCUAACAGCUUAGCUACCAGUGAAAAUGUUUUAGCAAUAAAUCUAGAAAGUAAGCUUCAAUUUAUGCAUUUAAAACUCCGUUUUGUGGUCCAAAACUGAAAAAGAAAACUGCUUUACAUUGGUUUUGUAAAAUGAUAAGUAAAAUUCUGAAAAUUCUUCCCUUUCAGAUAACUGCAGUGUGAUACAGACAUGAACAACAACAAAAGUACCACGUAUAUCACUUGUAGUAGAUAAUUUGAUUUCCGUAGGAGCACUUCCAUGGUAGGAGGGUUCCAGACCCGGAUUUGUACAGAUUUAAAUAGAUACAAGCACUAGAGGGCAGAAAAGCAAAUGUUUAGUAGGAUCGAGGGUGAUGAAAACCUGUAAAGUAUCUUGGGAGUACAACUUCUAAUAAAAUUGGGGGAAUUUUCAGAAGCAAUGUAGGUUGUAAAAAAAAUAAAAUUUAACUUUCCCUUCUGCAUUAGUUUUUUAAACACUAAGUCAUUAGUAUAAAAGCAACUGCUGCAUCUAAGCAAAUUGAAAAUGUUUGGGGUUUUUUUUCUCAAAAACUUCAUUUAUAACUUCUUAGAAAUUAAAAAAUGAUUUGGCCAGAUUCUUCUGUCAUAUAUAACUGAAAAGAUUACCUGUCCAGUGCGUGCUGGAGAAGUACGUUGGCACUAAUUUUGAAUGGAAAUAACCUUAUACAAGGAGUUUCCCCGGUCUUUGCUACCCUGAGCUUGCUCCUUACGCCCUAUGCUGUGUGUAUAUGUGAGUACACACACACACUUACUCUCACUGGCUUUAUUCACCAGGGAGCUGAGAAAAGGUACAAACAGUGACUUUCCCAGCAGACCAGCAUUGUCAGUGAGGAGCAGCCCUUUCCCCUUCUUCUGCCCAUCUCCUGAACUUCAGGUAACAAAACAGGUUUGGGAAAACAACAACAGAAUUCCAUGGGCGGCUUGCAAAAAGUAUAAAGGCUUGCUUUGUACUGGUCUAACACCCCAGCACAGCAGAGAUUGCUUUCUCCCCUUCCACCAGCUGGAAAAUCCAUCUGAGAUCUGCCCCUCGGGAGGUCUUGGGGCUUUUCCUGCGCCCACUGAGAGCAGUAGGAGGUGGAGAUGGUGGCCGUGAGGGACCUGGGGUGGUCCAGGGGUGCAGGGGGGUGUCUCUGCCCCUCUCCAGCAGGCGUAAGCAGUGGUAUUUCCCAGGGGAUCAGGGUGUUCUUCCCCUUGCCUGUGGCUCAUGAGAAAAAGCUGGAGCAGCCACAGGAGAAGCAGCAGCAGCAGCACGUGGAUGGCUGGUUUGUAGCUAACGUGUUCUGCCCUAAAAAGGGCCAAGGUUGGUCACUGAGAGAAGACAGACAGGAGGGGGGAGAAAAUGAGAAAACUAAUAACCUGUAAAGCCAGAAAGACAAGUUCUACAAGCACUAAAAAGUUAGUAACAUUAAAUAAUAACUAAUAUAAUUAUUAGGAAUGGCCAAGAUACUUGUGGUACAUCAAUUCCCAACCUACAUUUGAGUAAAACAGCGAACAUGUUGGUGGGUAGGCAUUGCAGGGGUGUCAGAGAGCUCUUCUUGAGGAGCACACACACGUUCAGGAGGAGGAGAAAGUUGCAGCCCGUUCAAAACAUGAACAUUAGACCUGGGAAAUAAUGUGUUCAAGGAACAGAAAGAGGAUUUGAAAACUGAAGGCAAAUGUCUUAUACAAUAGUUCUUAAAAACAUUGGGUUUGAAGCAUUGAUUAUCAGAGACAAGGCAAAAAGCUCCAGUAGGCAGCGCAGCAGUAAAUUAAAGUAUGUCAGAUGAAAUCAGGUACCCAGGUUCUGUGACAGCGGUGGGGUGUAUUGCAGCCAGAAAACUGAGAGGAUUCAUAUUGAAUGGAGAAGCCAUUCACACAAUGAGAACUGCACUUGAGAGUAGUCACGGGUAAAUCAAUUGAGCAAGUAAACAGGAUUGACAGGUAAGUAGAACUGAAAUUACAUAAAGGGAAAAUUGGAUUUUCUUGCAAAAAUGAGUAGCAAUAAAUCAAUUCGUGUAUAUAAUAUUUAUGACCCAACUGUAGAGGAUAUUGUCUGUAAUAGUUUUUAAUUAUUGAAGCAGUCAAAAGUAAAAGCUGGCAGCAGUUAAACUAAGUGUUGUUUUAAUUAAUGAUAGAAUGAAUUACCAAGCAGUACAAAAGUUUCAUCUUUAAAUAAAUGAGUCUAUAUGUGAUGAGUAAUGCCUGAUAGAUGGUGGUUCCCUAGUUGGAAGUAUUGCAAACAUGCAAUAGAGUAAGUUAGAUUUGGGUUGAUGUUAAAGGGCUUCAUUUUGAAUAACAAACACUUAAUAGAGCAUUUGUUUUCAUAAAGUCAAGUCUAAUUCAGGAUUUAGGGAAAGAACCUACUUAGCUGUAGGUUACUAAAACCUAAAGAUUUAUAAGUAAUCAGCUCUAUAAAUAAGGUCAGUCUCACAGAGUGCAUGGGCCCAGCAAUAACGAGGCCCCUGAAGCACAUCGUGUAGAGGUGUUAUUUAAUGCAAAGGUUCUAAAACCAGUAAUCCGACAAAGAAAAUAAAGGGACUGAUGCUAAUGCUUAUUUCAAAAGAGUAGGAAUGUAAAAAAUGCACUAGAAUCUGUGAAAAACAUUAUUUUUUAAGAGUAGAAAACGUUCUCCAGAGCUCUCUAAAGGGAGAAGAGGUUAGUGCUUACUGGGGAGGUGGGUUUUUAAGUGCGGAACAGACCUGGAGGGAAAAAAACAGGAAAUUCUGUGUUCAAAUAACCCACACAAAAUGAGAAUGAAAGGCACUGAGUGUCUUGAUAAGGAGGCAAUAGAGAAGUGCUGCUCUGCGCCGCGGUGAGAAGGCAGUCAGGUUGCUGGGUCUCUGAAUGUGCUGUCCAGGUGAGCCUUCUGCCCGGCUGCCCGGUCACGUCUGCCAGCAAGGGUUUGAAAUGGCUCAAAAAGCCUCUGGUUGGUGUCAUCAGAGUGGAAACGAGAGGGAGCUGGCACAGCUCAAGCAACCUGCAGUCAGAGCCCAGAGCCAUCCCGGGGGAAUUCCAAUGGGAAUAACCCCUCGUGGAUGGGAUUGGACAAAAAAACAUGGAAACCUGCUCUAUUGAUGUAAUUGUCUAUUAGACCACAUUCCGAGGCACUUCCGAAAUAUCACCUGCUAUUAAAAGUGCACUUCAUCACUUACUGGUUUGGAAACAGCUCAUAAAAAGAGCAGCUGUUUGUAAAAUACAACAAAUAAUAGUCAUUUCAGACCUGGGGCAAUUAAAAGGAUUAUUUCACACUUACUGUAAAUGGAAAGACAUGCUUUAAAACCAGUUUUGGACUGGUUUGGUCUAAGUGCCACGUGUCGGCUGUGGGGAAGCAGUCCAGCAGAAACACCGAAAUCCUGACAGCAAUUUGGAGAGAGAUGAGAACCUUGCACACGAGGCAGCUUUUAAUAGCCAAGGACUGGUACAAAAUGGUCCAUAAACAAAUAGUUCUGGGUUUAGGGACGCCCACUUUGGGUCUGCUGAGACUUCUCUCCCCUGCCCAGAAAAUGCCACCUCUGCAGUGAAAGAGUUUAACAAAAUGUAUGAGUUAAAUAUUUCAUAUAUCAGGUUUGGGUUGUGUUUACUUCUUUGAAGAGAAGAGGGUGAUGGUGCGGUGUUGUACAACUAACAGCUUAAAUAUUAUUAAUUGUGUAAUAGGGUGCAUUGUUAUGUAUUACAGAUGUUUUAUUGCAAUGUCAAUAAAUAACAUAUUUUCCUUUAAAAAAUGAAAAAAAAAAGCUUUAAAAAAA